CACAAUAAUUUCUGGUUUGUAUCAUCAAUUUCCAAUCACCAUAAUUGAAUAGCCAUGGCUGGAAGAGAAGUUCGAGAAUACACCAAUCUCACCGAUCCUAAAGAUAAGAAAUUUGGGAAAGGAAAGGACAAGAUUGAUGAUGAGGAGGUCACUUUCCAACGCAUGGUUUCCAAGAUGCAAGAGGUUGCUGGAGAACGUGGAGGUUACCUUCAUGGAAGAGGCGCCUUGGACAGCGAUGACUUGCUUUAUCUCAAGGAGCAGAUGGAAGCCGAGGAGGAUGCUGAACGCCUUCUGCGACGUACUGAAAAACGUGCAUUUCAAGCAUUCAAGAAAGCUGUUGCUGAUUCUUCACCUGCAUCUCCCCUGCCACUUCGUGUUGAGCCCAAGCCAAAAAGUGGGAUCAGGCAGCAAGAUUUACUAAAAAGGGUUUUAGAAGUCAAACCUAAGAAGCAGAAAGUUUCUUCAAGGUCUGAUGGGAGUAAUUCCCCUGCAAGUACACAGGGUGCUCUAAGUAGCAACUCUGAUUCCAAUCAGGAGGAGCAGAAAGAGGUCUUGCCAGCUAGAUCAAAUGACAUGGGAAAUGAAACAAAGGCAGAUAAUCCGAUAAAAAGCUUGGUAGCAGCAUAUGAGAGUUCAGAUGAUGAAGAUUGAUUUUGUAUGGAUUUUUAUUUACAUCUGAUGCUUAGAUCAUAGUGUUUAAAUCAACGAAUAUCCUAUUACUUGUUAUGUGGCCAUUUUGAUCAAGGAUCUUUUGAGCAGGCGCAUAGAGGCCUAAAUUUUCUUACCAUAAAUUAGCUGACGAGUGAAUUUCGACAAACUGUAUGUUGUAAUUUGUCGUAGUUGAGACGUGAGAUGUUAGUGUUUUGCCCAAAAUUUGCAUGGAAUUAUUGCUGACC